UAUGGUUAGUAUUAUAUAAUAUCAACAUAUUUUAUCAUCUGAUACAAUAAUAAUUCAAACUUCUCUGGAAUGAAGGGAGGGCCAAAAAAAUUUUACAUGAAUUUUCAAGAUCCCAGGGGCACUGCACCUCUAGCCCUAUAAUGUAGAAGGGAUAAAUUUAUUCCUUUUUCUCUUCUUAUUCAACAUUAGAAAAUUCUAGAAAGUCAACAUUAGCAGGAUAUGAAAAGAAUUGAAAAUCUUACUGUAAAGUAAAAUCAUAAAUAUAUUAAAUCUCCAUUUGUGCUGAAUUGCUCCAAGCAAAUGAGAUAUUAUUGUAAACCAUUUAGCAGAUAGUAUCUGUCAUAUAGAAGGUGCUUUAUAAAUGCUUUCCCCCUUCUAGUUCUAUUUAAUUCUCUAAAUAACAGCUUAUAUUUAUAUUAUAUUUGAAAGUUUGCCAGAUACUCUACUAUGCAAUCUAAGGUUCUGGGCAAAGAUAUCAUUACCUUUACCAGUACUAUCAGCAGCAGCAUCAUUAUAAAUAAGAAUAGAGAGACAGUGGAUACAGAUAAGUAAACACAAAAUUUAUAUCAAGUAAAUUGGGUUUAGGAGGAGCACUAAUAUACUAGCAACUGGUUGAAUGAGAAAAAAAAUAGUAGGAUUUGAGCUGAAACUUUAAGUGAACUAUGAAUUAAGAGAAGAACUUUUGCUACAACAUGAGAAACAAUAAGUUCCAGGAUUAUCCCUAUUUUUGUAGCUAAGGAAACAGUCUCAGAAAAGAUAUAAGAAAUUUUUUCAUCCUCAUGUCAUACUAUUGUUGUUGGGGUUUUUUGGUUGGGGUUUUAUUGAACCUAAAGCUCUUGGCUACAAGUUUGGUACUCUCUCCAUUAUAAUAAACUAAGUAAAUUGCUUUGAAUUCUCUAUAUUAUUUGUAUGAGGAAUUUCAAUUGGCAGAUUUGGUCCAUCUCCCUCUUGCUUUUCCUGGCUUCAAGAUUCAACUCAAAUCCCACCUUAUGUAAAAAGUCUUCCCCAGUCUUUCCAAAUGUUAAUUAACACCUUCCUCUCUGAGAUUACCUUUCAUGUAUGUGUAUUUAUCUUGUAUGUACUCCCUCUAAUUAGUGAGUUCCUGUCCAUUUGGCAUAAGUACCCAAGAUAUUGAUGUUUACUUCUCUUGCUGUUUUCCCUCCUGAAGUUGUAAACUUUUAUACCUGCCCCUCCCAGCUCCUCUUCUUCCUUUCCCCAUCUUCUUAGCUCCCUUCACAUUAGAAUUGAGGAUCCUUGGGCCUAGGGCUAUCAUUCUUUUUUGCUUGUGUUUUUAUUUCCAGUGUUUGUACAGUGCCUAGCACAGAGUAAGUGCUUGUUCAAAAAAAAAAAAAACUUUUUUCCUUCUUCCUUUCCUUCCUUCCUUUUCUUUCUCUAUCCUUCCUUCCUUCUUUCCUUCCUUCCAUUGACAUGGUUGGUAUAUAGAUAAAAAAAAAACUUGAUUAUUGAAUUAUUGAAUAGAAAAGAGAGGGAAGAGUCUAGGAUGAUUCUGCUAAUGGGGGAAGGAGGGAUAAAAGCAUAGCUAUUUAGGAUAAACUUCUGCUGUGAUCUUAUUCAGAAAAACUAUUUAUAUUAUUCUGUUUAUCCAGUAAGGUAUUAGGACAGAUAGGUAGGUAGAUAGGUAGAUGAUAGAUGAAUAGAUAGAUAGAUAGUAAGUCAUCUGAUCUCAGAAUCUAAAGCUGAGCCAGCAGACCUGAAGCUUUAGCAGAAAAUAAAUUGCAAAGGCUUUGGUCCCAGAAUCCAUCACUGGAAGACCUAUUUAGUUUAGUGAGAAGAUUCAUCACCAGAGGAUCAGUUCUACUUGCUAGUAAAUUCAGUUCACAAACAGUUCUAAAGCACCUGUAAGUACUAGGAUGGACAUUGGAGAUGCAAAAACCAAAAAUUAAUCAAUCUUGCCUUCAAGAAGUUUAACUUGUAUGGAAUGUAAAAUGGGAAUGCGUUUGCAACACAAGAUGAGAAAAAAUUAUGACAUCGACAUCCAAAGGAAUUUUUCGCCCAUUUUUAAUCACCUGCAUUAUCCUGGGUUGUUUCAUGGCAUGCUUGCUCAUUUACAUCAAGCCCACCAACAGCUGGAUCCUUGGUCCCAUAGAGACAACCAGCUCUGUCUUGAAAAUGAAAAAUUUCUUUUCCAGCAAAACUGAUGAUUUGAAUGAAACUAUCAUAUUGAUUUGGGUAUGGCCUUUUGGACAGACAUUUGACCUUUCAUCCUGUCAAGCAAUGUUCAACAUCCACGGGUGCCGUCUUACCACCGAUCGAGCCCUUUACAACAAAUCCCAUGCCGUUCUGAUUCAUCACCGAGACAUCAGUUGGGAUCUUACUAAUUUACCCCAGCAAGCUCGGCCACCAUUCCAGAAGUGGAUUUGGAUGAACUUGGAAUCCCCUACCCACACACCCCAGAAAAGUGGUAUUGAACAUCUCUUCAACCUAACUCUGACCUAUCGCCGAGACUCGGAUAUACAAGUGCCUUAUGGCUUCAUGACAGUAAGCACAAACUCCUUUGUGUUUGAAGUGCCAAGCAAGAAGAAGCUAGUGUGCUGGGUUGUUAGUAACUGGAAUCCUGAGCAUGCAAGAGUCAAGUAUUACAGUGAGCUGAGUAAAAGCAUUGAAAUUCAUACUUAUGGACAAGCAUUUGGAGAAUAUGUGAAUGAUAAAAGUUUGAUUCCUACCAUAUCUACUUGUAAAUUUUACCUUUCCUUUGAAAACUCAAUCCACAAAGAUUACAUUACUGAAAAACUCUACAAUGCAUUUCUGGCUGGUACAGUACCUGUUGUGCUUGGUCCAUCUAGGGAAAACUAUGAGAAUUUUAUCCCAGGGGAUUCCUUCAUCCAUGUGGAAGAUUACAGUUCUGCCAGUGAGCUAGCCCAAUAUCUUAAGGAGCUAGACAGAAAUGAUAAGUUAUACCUCAGUUACUUUAACUGGAGGAAGAGCUUCACAGUGAAUCUGCCACGGUUCUGGGAAACACAUGCAUGCUCUGCUUGUGACCAUGUGAAGAGACACCAAGAGUACAAGUCUGUUGGCAAUCUAGAGAAAUGGUUUUGGAAUUAACAUUUGCCAUCUCUUGCACACAAACUAGAAGAUUCUGAUGGAAUCUAAUUCAAGCUGUGAUAAUAAAAAGAGAGACAUCAGUCUGUGUUCUGUACCACAGCUGACUCAACCAUCCUCUCUUGGGUACCUUAUUUAUAUUUUGUCAGAGUUUUAAGAGAUCAACAUCAGCAGUCUUCAGCACUCGAUUUUAAAUUAUACUGUAUAUACCUAAUUAUCUGCACUGAAACAUAAUUUAUUGUUUACUAUCAUUUUUAAUCAAUGUUGGGUUUUUUUUUCUUCCACAUUUGGGUUAGGUUGUCAGAAAUGUAAAUUUGUUAUUUGAUUGUUGUGGUUCUACUUUGAUCAGCUGCUUGAUCUAUCUGGAAAAUGAAGGCCCAGAUUAUAGUGUCAUGGAGGAUUUCCAUUUAAUUCUUUCCUCUGUAGCUUAAUUUUUCCACAAUGUAACAAGGAAGGAGUAUGUCACAAUUGAAUUAAAAUUAAUUUUUUUUGUAUUCCCGAGUUUAACAAAGGGCAUAGUUGUCUCUCUCUUCAUCUUAAUUUGCAUACUAUGUUUGUGAAGACAGAAUUAUUAAUGUAUUAAAAAGGGAAAAAGAACAAACUCUAAAAGAAUAUUAGUGUGUUUUCCAGAAAUCUAACUGACCUACCAUUUCAUUAUGAUAACUUUUCAACUAUAUAUUUUUACUCUCAUUAUUUUCAGAUAAAAUUUUGGAGUACUGUGAAAAAAUUAUUCACUCACAUUCUUGUGCUCCAAGAAAUAGCAUUUUUAUUAACUUUUAACUAAAAUGCCAGAUUGUUUCCACCUUGAUAAACCAAUUACAAUGAAAAAAGAUAACUUUUCCCCCCAGCAGAAAAAAAAGGCAUGUAGGAGACAUGCCAAUAAUAAUAAUGUUAUCUUAAUGUAAAAAAAAUUUACAUACAAACCAAUAUAUUUUUGCUGUAAUGGCAUAUGUUAAUAAUAUCUGAAUAAAUUUAAAGAUGUGAAUGAAUAUAGUUAAUUUAUUUGAAUGGGCAUUAUCUCCCAUUAUAUUUUGAAUAAGUCUAAGUAUCUGAGCAAAAUUCGUCCAUGCUUUAUUCAAGUAUUUUUUCUGUAUGUGAUAUUUGUGGCCAUAGUUCCUAAGUGCUUUACAGAACUAUAGAGAUGCCUGAGAAACAGAAGGCAAAUGUGAUCAUUUACAUGGUACAUUAUCUUCAAGGUUAUAAGCAAGUGAGAGAGGAUGAACUGUAGAGAAGGGACCAAAGGAAUGUGUCACUGAAAAGCUCUUCAAUACUUUAAUUUCAUCAGAGCUUCUGGAGAUUCUGAGUUCUCCAUCACUAAAGAUCUUCAGGUUAAAGCUGGAUAACUUCUGGUCAGAUAUAUGUAAUGGAGUCUACUCAGAUAAAGAUACAGCUAGAUGACUUGGGGGUGCUUUCCAGCCCUUGAGUUACAAUUCACAUACUUGUAUGUACUGUUGAGUGAAUUUUAAAUUAAAUUUUCAUUUUAAUAAGAAAACAGCAUAUUUCUCCAUUCUAUGUAGCUAACAAAACUGAGAUUAAAGGUGAUUAUGAUUCUGUUUUUCUUUUUUAAAGAAUUCUCCACUGUCUUUUUAUCUUUUAUAACUACUUCAUAUUGGAUAAUAGUGACUAUCUAAACAUCUAAUUUAAGAAAAAUUCACAUUAAUUUAUUUCAGGAUUUCAAAAUACGUGAACUUUGAAUAUAUUUUUUUAAAGUAUUAUUUGUCAUGUCAGAAAAAAUGAAAAUGUAAAAACAAAGGAUUGUUUCAUGUUUCAAAAAGGCCUAACUCCUGAGACUAAACUUGACUUCUUUGAAAGCUUAAAAACUGAACAUAAUAACCUUAAAUCCAAUCUAUUCUGAUUGGUACAUCACCAAUCAUAAAUAUAGAGGGGGCAUCCCUGGAUAUCAAGAGAACAAGAAUCUAGUUAACCUCUACUCCUAACUGUCUGAUUCGGGGGCAAGUUACUGUCGAUGGCUGUGCCUAUAAUGAUGAAAUAAUCAGGACCAAAAUGGACUCAUCUCUCCAAAAGAAUCACAUAGCCACAACCAGGAGCAUUAGUUUUUCAGUUCCUAAUAUAUUAAAGGAAAUAGACCAAUAUUUCUGCUCUGUCUUGAGAUCAUUGACUUGCAUAAAUGGAAAGGACCUUAGAGAUCAUCUUUUAAGUUAAAAGAUAUCUUUAGAUUGUUUUAAGAUAAUGAUAAAAAUCAUCUCUUAUUUUAAAGAAGAGAGUACUGAGUCUCAGGGAAGUUGUGAUUUGCCCAUAAUCAUACAGCUCAAAAAUGGCAAAGUCAAGCUAGAACCCAGAUUUCCUGAAUCCUUGUCCACUGCUCCUUCUGGUAAACCAUGCUGUCUUGAUUGUGCAGCUGUGCCUCAGUUUCAACAUAUAAAGAAAAGAUUUUAAUAAGACCCUAGUCAAAUGAAAUUCCAUGUGUAAACACACUGACUUUUCAGAAGAAAAAUAUUAAAUCUAAAAUGUAUUUGUUGUCUUUCUGGAUAAGAUAUUUCAAGAAUUUUGUUGUUUAAAUGUGCUGCCAAUACAUACUAAGGGAAAUACAAAUACAAAGGAGAGCAUUCAUCCUCAAGUAACUUUGAAUAAUGCUUAUUGAAUAAUGUUUACUGAAAUUUGAAAUUCCUUUAUUAUACCUUGUGAAAUUCCUAUUAAUAUUAUACUUUGUGAAAUUCUAAAAGCUAUACAUGCUUUUAUGGAUAUAAAAAUUAUACAGACUACAGAAUUUUAGUGUUCUUGUUCCAAAAUAUUAUGAAAGUUGCAUCUCUGAUCUUCUGAUGUUUCUUUAAAUUGUAUUUAUUCUAAGGUCACAAAAGAAUGAUAGGAUAACUUCAAUUUUCCAAAACUAGAAGCACUGUAAUAUAAAAAGAAGCUGUAAUAGACAUAAAUUUGAUAGAUUUAAGUCUAAACUGCCAAAAAACAAAAUUGGAAAGGAAGACCAACGUAAACCCAAAACACUUAUCUCUACUAAAAAAGUACCAGUGCUAAAACAGAAUAUUGGAUAAUAUCAUCUAUUGCUGAGCCUUAGAAAGCCUAUUGGCACUUUAAGAGCCAGCUCAAGUGGUGGGGAAUAUAGGAGUUACUUGUCCAGACAUUUAUUUCUUUGACUUUCAGCCUCCCCAGUCCUUACUCAGCAUCUCAGGUUCUUGCAAAAGCUUUGUGAGGACAUCAGAAUGUUAGGUAGAAAUAGCUACUUGACUGCCAUUUUUCAAACUGCCUAUCAGGAUAUUAAAGAGAGGUAGAAGUAUUGAGAAGAGAACUAAACAUUUGUUGGUGGUUCAGAAAUUAUAUUUCAUCUCUUUUCUAAUGAGACAUUCUCAAUUUAGAGCCUAUCUCAGAGAUCUACUAAACUUUCACAAGGACAUUUCAGUAAAUGUAAAAUGCUUAAUAUUUUACAUGACUUUAAAUAAUAAAAUAGCUUACAGGAUUCUUCUUUGGAUCAAGAAGGAUGUAGAAUGAGUUUUCAUUUCUUCAGAUGAUUUUUUAAAAUGAAAUGUCACAGUUCUGAUCUAUGUGCACUAAAUGUAAGUAAAAUUUCACAUUUUAUUUAAUGUUAUGUAUCCAUUUGGCCAAUCAAUGCCCUGGGAGUCUGAAAUCAAUUCUUGCCUAUAGAUAGUAAAACUCUUCAGAAUGAUGACUAAAAUGCUAUAUUUUUCUUACCUACAUAUGGGCACUGAAUGAUUAUUUUGAAUUUCCCUACUAUGUGAUUAGAGUAUAAUAAUAUAUGCUCCCAUAUCACACAAACUGUUUUUUAGCAUUUUCCAUUGUAUCCCAUGCUUUGUGAUCCCUCAUUUGGAAUUUUCUUGGCAAAGGUACUGGAGUAGUUUGCCAUUUCCUUCUCAAGUUCAUUUACAGAUGAGGAAACUGAAUCAAAUGGACUUUAAGUAACUUUACCAGUAUCUCACAGAUAGUGUUUGAGACUGGAUUUGAAUUCAACAUGUUUUCCUGAUUCAAAGCCUAGUACGCUAUCUACUGGAUCACCUAGCUGUCUAUACAAGUUAUGGCAUAAUAAUAGAAAAGAUUUAUGAAGGAGGGUGGUUAAGACACCAGUUUUAAGAGGAUCAACUUUAUUUGCCCUUCUUCAGGCAGAAAUAAGGAGUAGAUCUUUUAAACUACCUUUUUACCACCAUGAUAUUCUGAAAACAAAAAGGGAGCUAAUUCUUUGUAAGUACUGAAAAAAUCCUGAGAUUUGUUUGAACUAUAUGCUAUUAAAAUAGAAUAACUCUUUUCACAAAGUAACACCAGUCACAUACAUUCAAAGAACUUUGGAAAAGUAUAAUACACAAAUGUUGUUCAAGAUAGGACUAUUUGAAUGAACAGUGUGACACAAAGGAAAGAAUAUGGGUUCGUAUCAUGACUUUGUAGAUUAAAAAUAAAGGAAAGAAUGUGGGUUCAUAUCAUGACUUUGUAGAGUAAAAAUAGCUGCUAAUAAUAGCAAACACUCAUAGUGCUUUAAGGUUUGCAAAACACUUUACAAAUUUAAUCCUCAUAAGAACCCUGGGGAAAAAAUGCUAUUAGUAUCCCCCAUUUUACAGAUGAGGAAACUAAGGCAGAGAUUAAAUUAAUUGUCAUGGAUUAUACAGCUAAGUAUCUGAGGGCAGAAUUGAACGCGAAUCUUCCUGAUUUCAUCUCCAGUACUCUUUCCAUAGUUAUCUUUAUCAAACCAUUUUUUCCCUCAUUUUCUUCAUCUGCACAAUGAAAAGAUUGGACAAGAUGGCCACUAUAAUCCCUACCCAUGUUACAUCUCUAUUAUACAAAUAGUACACAUGAAAAAAGGCAAGUCAUCUCUUACUUGCCUCAACUAUAUAUAUUUUAUUGCUAAGUUCAGGUAGUCAGAGAGAUUGGUAUUCAGUAUUUCCAUGAAGGCUUUUAUUUAGAAAUUUUUGUUUCCAAUUUGCACAAUCUGACUCAAUAAUUAAUAUAGCAUUUUAUAAGGCAUUUCUCAGGUGAACUAUUGUGAUGCUAUGAAAAUAUAUAUGAUUUUAUGACCACCAUCACUAUCAUUCUUAUGGGUUAGUUUAAUAAAGCCUUCCAGUGAUUUUGGAUUUAGUGGUAUUGCUAUGGACAAGUCACCUCUUAUGGUGCACAAUUUCCUCCUCUACAAGAUCCUUUCAAUUUUAAAACCUGGUAAAUUCAUUCCUCAACCAAUGACUUCAUGAAUAGUCAAAAAAGGAACACUGAAGUUGUUGCUGACAGAGCUUUGGACUGGGUAUCCAACUGGAUUCUUAUACUGGUUUUUCUCUUAAAUAGAUAGAUACCCUUGGGUAAAUGAUUUCUCCCUUUUGAAAUUGAGUUUUUAACACCUAAAAAAUGGGGGGACGGGGGACUAGACUAGAUGAUCUCUCAUACUUUACAUCUCCGUUUUGUGAUGUGCCAUCCCAUGAAAUACAUAUGGGCAGUAUACAAUGAUCUCUUCCUAACUGUUAAAAAUCCCUGGUAAGCAGUAUUUUUUUAAUAAUCUGCUUUAAUAUAACUCACAUAUAUAAUUAAAAGUUAACUGAAUAUUAUUAUUUCUUUAAAAUUUUUCUUAGAUAAUGAAAAGACAGCUUGAGAAAGACAUUUGAAGGUUAACAAACCAAGGAGGAAAGGAAAUAAACAUCACAUUAGUAGAAAUAUAUCAUGACUUUUGUAUUUCAUAAAUAAAAUGGCAUGUGGAUAUGGGCAAUAUUAUUGGAUUCCUCUUGGUGAUAUCACUCAACUUUUUUUAGGAACAAGAUAAGCAUCAUUUCCCCUCUCUUUAUUUAACACAAAAUCAGCUUAACCUGUUGACUCAAGGAAAGCCAGUUAAAAACUAAUUCUGAUAUAUCCUUUUUAUGGAGUUAAAAAAAAAUAGUGAUAGUGCUUUGACAUCUGAAGUUAAAUGUAAAAUUCUAAAGUAUUUCAGAUGUAUUUAUUUAGGACACAAAAAUGAUAUAGUUAUCAACAAGUCCUAAUAAUAUCACUUUGUUUUUGAAUAACAUAAUAGGAUAGUAAUAUUGAUAAUGUAUACUAUAGAAAUAAAAUUUUUUUGAAGAGGUAGUUUGACAUUUGGCAAAAUAAGGUAGCUAUCUUGAGGGAAUAGUUAUCUAAAUGUGUAUAAGGUCAAAAAAAAGGAAUGACCUUAGAAAUACAAAAUGAUUGUGAUAAUAUACUUUGAAAAAUCUUUUUCAAAUAAGCAUUUAUUGUUUCAGUCAAAAUGGGCACUAUACUUUUUGUGAACGUCUAGUGUACCCAAGUGUUUCUUGGAAUUUCACUUUAGGCAAGAUCCUUUUGUCACAGUGAAUUUCUCUAAAAAAGUGAUAUCUACAAAAAGGCAUAUCAUAUAUGUAUGGUAACUUCUUGUACACAUGAUUGUAUUCCUUUGUGAUUGAUGAGUAAAGGAAACAAUAAAACAGGCUCAGCAGAAAUUGCUUCUAAAGAUUGAAUUAACAAUCUGGACUGCCUACUAUGCUGUGAAAUAUAUGCUGAAGCUAUUACAGAAGUGUUCAAGCUCAUAUUGACCUUAUUAACUAUCAUCAGUGCUAUAGAUAAGACAAUCAUAGAAGAUAGUAUUGUCUUCUAGUGAGAGAUUGCCAAAGAAGAGAUUACUAUCAUUUAGAGAGGGAAAAGUGGUUCCAGUGACCUAUAAUGAAGAGGACUUUCCUAUUUGGGUUUUUCACUUUAAGAGCCCGUCAGUAAGUACAAAAUGUCUGAUUAGCUGGGUAUAAAAGGAAUAGGAGAUCCACUUUUGAGAGAACAGAUUUAUGUAUCUUAAAUAUUGUUGUAAGUAGCAUUCAUGAAAGAAUUCAUCUAGGACAUGACCAACAUGUCUGAAACCAAGUUAUACCAUUUAGAUAAGAAAACAUUUUAGUUUGGAUUUAAUCUUCAUUGUGUUAAAGAAAGCUCUUCAUUUAGAGAUACUGUUUGAAGUUAUCUGCCAUGGUGAUAUAAGAAAGGCAGAAAAAAUACUCAGGUUUUAUUUCUGGACUAAAAGAUUUCUGUCUCUAGAAUAAACAUCUUAUGGCUUCUUUCACAAGUACUAAUUCUUCAUUAUGUUUUAUUUGUGCAGAGAAUAAUGUUAUGUCAGCAUUUGUGCCAAUUUACUGAAAUAAAAAAAUGAUAUUUCUCUAUUCUGUAUAAGACUUUUCAAUAAAUGUCUAAGUAAAUAGUAAGCAUGGUGCCAGGUCAUGCCGCAGGUCAAACUAUAUUUAUGUGUUAUUCUUGAGAUGAAUCUGACUCAUUGUAAUGAGUCAUGGAUUGAUUCUAGCACCACACAAACUUCUUUGGGUAGGAAAUUUUUUAAAAAGUGAAAAGUGGAGAAAUUCAGGAAUAUACCAAAGUCAUUUAAAAAAUGAGAAAGACAGAAAAAGGCAGAGCGGCAUGGUGGAAAUCUCUUUGGACUGGAAGUCAAAGGACAGAUUUUGGUCCAAUAAAAUCCCAACCUAAUUUUAUGUACAUUUGACCAAGUUACUUAAUCUUUGUCAGCCUCACUGGCUUCAUCUGCAAAAUACGAAGUUACUCUCUUGCAUUCCUUCUGGCAAUAAUGUUCAAUUACAUUCUAGUAAAUAUUACACUAUAUCCAAUGCAUCCAAAGAUCAAUUAGUAUUUUGCCAAUGUGUUCAUAUUUCCUCAAGCCAAUGGAUGAAACUUUUAAUUUCUUCUUUAUUUGAAAAAAAAAAACAGAAACAAACUAGGCUGACCCUAAAUUUUCUCACAUUGUAUAUCCAGCUACUCAUUGCAUUUUACUUUCUCAGCCAAAACAAUACAAUUGAAAGGACUAGUCUAGCCAUGCAUAAAAAUUAGAGACAUAGGCAAUGUAAUGUUUUCAUCCCUCUUUCUGAACUUUCAUCCCUCUUUUCUGAAAUUACUAGAAAUUCUAAUCAUACUUCGAUUAAUGGAAAAAAAAACUGGCUUAGUGAUAAUACCUCUUUCUGUUUUGUUUGGUUUACAAUUGACUCACUAUAUGACUUUGGGCAAGUGACUUAGCUCCUCUAUAGUAUGUAGUUUCUUCUUUGUAAAAUUAUAGAAUUACAUUAAAUGAUCUCUAAGGCCUUUCCAAAGCUAAUAAAAAAUUCUAUCAUUCUUCCGCUACAAGAAAUAUAGCAGAUUCCAUGAUUCCUAUCUUAGUCUGCUUUGGCAAAUACUAAUAGAAAGAUCACAUGACGAUUUAAACAGUUCAGAGAUAAGUAAAUCUGAAUAAACCAAUCUUUUUGGGUUCAUAGUUAUGCCUAUGUUUGCCCUGUCUAUCUGCAAAAGGCAUUUGUAUGUUGGGAAUGAAAGCAGAAGGAAAAAGGGGAUAAAAAUAAAUGAGAUGAUGGAUAAUAACCAUACAAAGAGAUGAAUUUGAGAUGGCCUGUGUUCAAACGCUGGCUCUGCUCUUUUGCUAUCUUGGAAUAUUGUACCUCAGUUUACUUGAUUAUAAAAUAGAAGAAACUGAGGGCUUAAUGAUCUCUAACAUCCUUACCAGCUCUAAAUUUAUGAUCUUAUUUUUAGUUAUGUCAUACAUUUAAAAAUGCAUAGGGGAGGCUGACUAUCUAAUUUCUGGACCAACCAAGGACUUUUACUUCUCAUCUUUUUUUUUUUUUCCAUCUACAUUGUGAUUAUGUUAUCAAACCCUCAGGCCUCUGUCAUAAGGAAAAGAAAGGAGAAAAUUGUUGAUAUUUACUUAAUUUUGCCACAACUUUGAAACUGAUAAAAGAAAGGCAAUGGAAAGUUAGAAUUCAUGGUAACAUGAAGCUUAAUGGUUAUCCAUGUACUUCAUUCAUUUUUAUUUCCCAUAAUCACAGAGUAUUAAGAUUUUAUAUAGCUUAGUAAUUUGGAUCACACUUUACCAAAGCAAGGCUAUGUAACAUUUAGGAAUUUUAUGUCACCAUGUUCUAGGCCAGGUAUUAUAUUUCAAUGAUUUCAAUUGAUAAUUAUGUAUCUAUACUUUUCCUUUGCAAGUCUAUGUAUCUUAUUUUAUGCAUUUAAAACUUUUAGAGAAAAGUUCUAAAGGCUUCAUCAGACUGUCAAAAGGGUCCAACUCACAAAAAAGAAAAGAUUAAGAACCCAUCUAGUCAAUUAGUAAGCUCAAAACAAUUUCCAUCCUCAAAAUGAUUGUGAUGAUAUUUAUGCUAUGCUGUGUUAAUGCACUGUAAUCUUGCACUACUUUGUUGCUUUUGUUUUUUUUUAAGCAAUUACUGAAAAACCUAGAAACAGAUGCCAAAUGUACAGUUUGUAAAUUAAUAUUUUUGACUUGGAUUUCAUUACAUUGUGACAAUAGUGUUAUGACUGUGAUGUGUGAUUGUAAUGUAUUAUUGUGAUAUUGUCCGCAAGGGCCAUUCCAAGCACACUAACUAUUCAUCUUAAUUUUUUUUAUAAAGAUAAAACCACACAUUAAUCAGAAAUUACUUUUCUACUUAUUUUUCUGUAGAGUAUUUUUCCACACUUAAAGGUGACAUAAUUGUUUUAUAUUGAGCAUCAAUUUUUCCUUUAGAGUACUUAUUUUAGUAACCAAUGCACAUUUGAAUGCAAAGUGGUUGGAAAAGAAAGAUGGUAGUAGAGAUACGCAAAUUGGGUUUAUAUUCAAUGGAGAAAAAGAGAGAACUGGUGAGUUCAGCAUGUUCUUUCUAUCAGGAGCAUUUAUACACUGCCAGUACUCAACUCCAAACCAUCUACAAGCUCCUCCUUUGAAUGUGUGUGCAUGACUCAAACCUUUCAAAAGCUCAUUGUGAGUGUUUGGUUAUGUGAAACAUUAGCUUUGAUGCCAAUGGACCAAUUAUCAGUGUUGUUUUGGCUUUAUACAGUUUUGCAGAGAAAUGUGAUAAAUUUUCCACACUGUUCAGAUUCUCUAUCUUGGAAUACUAUGUUGGAAAUGUUUUGCAUCAAAUUGCUAUUAAUACAAAAAAUAAUUCUCAUUUAUCAGUUCCAUAUUACAAAUCCAUUGUUUCUCUGGAAGCUAAUUUUUCCUAUAAUAAAAAAGUAUCACUCUCUGGCCAAAAAUCAAAGGCCCAAAACAAAAAUUAAUUCAUUAAUAAAAAUUGGGGGGAGGGAGUAAGCAAGCCUUCUUUAUUACCACUGACAAAUGAAAAUGAAACCAAAUCUAUACAGUACAAAGUUAAGUUGACAAAGAAAUAGCAAGCAAUAUAGUCUAUUUACAUCAUUUGGGCCAAAGAUAGAAAUCCCAACACUAUAUUUUUUCAUUCAUUCUAUGGGACAUUCAGGUCAAACAUAAGUAUUUUGCUUUAAUUACCUGGUUAUUUUUAGAUAUGGACAUCUAGCCUGUAAAUUCUAGUGAUGGUCAGAAUACUUAGUAAUAACAAAUAUGCUUUUUCAGGGACAUUUGGGGAAAAUAAUAUACUUGACACUGCCAGUGUAGAAACAUUCUGUGCAGUACUUUUGAAAGCAUUCUUCUUUUUUUAAGUCACGUACAGAAAAGUCAUUUACCAAAACUGAAUGAAGCCAAAACAUAGUAUGAUUCAUUCAAGAAAUUGUUAAAAGGGAAUCUCAUUAAAAUGGUGGUAAUCCUAUUUAUCUAUAAAGUAUAGCUUCCUGUGAGAUCAUUUUAUCAACUUCAAUGAAAAGUAAAGGGAUCUGAUAGCCAAUAUAAUAUAUAUAUGUAAAUAUGCAUAUACAUAUAUAUAUAAUAUAUAUAUUUCCCAAUAAAAAAGGUUUGAUACACAGUAGAAGAAUAUCUGCCCAAAUGAUGAGCCAACAGUUUCUCUGUUCAUAUAAAUACAGAUGAGGCUGAUCUGCCCUCUGGUGUAUCUGAUGUUUAUUAUAUAUGUCAUUGAACAAACAAUAACCCAGACCUUUCCUUUUCUCUCCUGGAGUUAACUGUAUUCCUAUUGUUGCAAUCACAUGUACAUAACAUACAGUUUUUUAAAGGCAGCUAAGCUAAUUUGGAUGAUGUUUUAAUAAGCCAUGAAAGGCAAAAUGCCAGAACCUAUCUAUCCAUUCAGUUACUCCUUGGAGAACUCUUGUUUGAUCCAUACAUCAAACUCUAUUUAAGGAGAACAUGAUAUCUGAAAUGCUUUUCUCUCAAAACUCUUAUUGCAAUGUGAAUCCUGCUCAUUGAAGUCUUUCUGGAUUUAGUAAAGACAUGGAGUUAUUGCCAUAUUUUUAAUUUAGUGACAUUUUAUUCUGAUCCAACCUUAGAAAUGCAUACUUGGAUCCCAGGAGGUAUAUGGAACUUUGUCAAGGUUUCUCAGUCUUGUUGCAAAAGAUAUAUCCUUCUAAGAGUCUCAUUUCCUGCAUUACUUGUAAAUCUCUCACUGAGUCAUCCCAGGAGUCAUCCCUAAAGAGAAAACACUGGAUAUGUAAAUAACAAUGCUCUAUACAUACCUAACAAAUUGCUGUAAUGGGUAUAUUUAAAAUAAAAGGAAACAAUUUAAACAUACAA